AUGUCUCAUUUUAAACUAAUAUCGUCAACAAAGGCUUCCGACGUGAUACCUGUAAACAAAUAUGUGUCCGAAAAGACUGGCUUAACCGUAAUUAUAGCAAACGUUGAAGGACCGGUUGUAAAAGGAUUUUUUUGCUUAGCAACGGAAGCUCACGAUGAUGAUGGUUUGCCUCAUACUUUGGAACACUUGAUCUUUUUGGGAUCAGAGCGUUACCCUUACAAGGGUAUUCUUGAUCUUUUGGCGAACCGAUGUAUGGCUCACGGAACGAACGCGUGGACGGAUGUGGACCACACUUGUUAUACUAUAUACACUGCGGGAGAUGCGGGUAUGUUGACGCUGUUACCUAUCUACCUGGACCAUAUACUGAGACCAACUCUUACGGAACAAGGAUUUCUGACUGAGGUUCAUCAUGUUGAUGGCGAUGGAGAUGAUGCUGGUGUUGUGUACUGUGAGAUGCAGGGUAGGGAGAAUACAGCUGAUAGUAAAUGUGAGUUAAGGAUGCUCCGAGCUAUGUAUCCCAAUAAUGGAUAUUCAUCUGAAACCGGAGGUAUCAUGAAAAACCUGAGGGAGUCCACUGAUAACACAAAAGUGAGAGAUUUCCACAAGAAAUUCUAUAGAGCAGAAAACCUUACAAUCAUUCUAACAGGACAAAUUGAAGCCCAAGAUGUUUUCAAUGUUCUCACUACAGUUGAGGAUGACAUCAUUGCUAAGCGGGAGAAGGAAUCUCAAGAAGAGUGGGUGAAACCCUGGCAGACGAUACCCCCACCACCAGUGUAUGGAGAACUUGUAGAGAAGUGGCCAGCAGAUACUGAAGACUGUGGUCAGGUAUUGUUCGGUUGGCGUGGUCCUCUGUUGACUCAGGCCGGUGCGUUGCACGAGUUGACUGCUUGUGCGGUGUUGCUGCGGUAUCUAUGCGACACGGCUGCGGCGCCGCUACAACGAGCACUCGUCGAGAGAGAGGACGCCUUGGCUGGAGAUGUAUCAUACAAUCUCACAGAAAAUAUGGCGUCAUUGAUUAAGAUAGAGCUUGAUAAUGUACCAGUUGAUAAAUUGACUCAAGCUAAAGAGGAGGCGCUAAAGAGUUUGAGAAGCGUCAGGUCUGGUGAGGAGGCUAUCGAUAUGGACCGCAUGAAGAGAUUACUGAGGAAACAGUUGAGGGAAUGUAUGGCCAGCCUUGAAUCUGAACCACAUCAUGCUGUGGCUUUUAGAUGUAUCGGAGAUGCACUUUAUUCCCAAAACGAAGAUGACUUUAUAAAACGGAUGAAUCCACAACAAACUAUGCAUGAUCUACUGAAAGAAAGCAGUGAAUUCUGGGUUGAUUUGUUGAAUAAAUACUUCAAUGAUGAUAUUGUGGUCAUCGUUGGAUCACCCAGCAUUGAGUUGCAAGCCAAAAUGGCAGAAGAAGAGAAAAAGCGAAUCGAGGAACAGCAAGCUCGUCUUGGUGAAAGUGGUUUAGCGGAAAAAGCUAAACAACUUGAAGAGGCCAUGGAGUUCAAUGAUCGCCCGCCUCCCCCCGGCACCCUCGCGUCUGUUCCUGUUCCGUCCUGUGACUUCAAGUGUCAUUCCAUCAGGUCAUGGAGCUCCGGAGAAGACUGUCCAUACUUCGACCUCACACAAAUACCGCUGUUCACCAGACUGCACAGCCUAACAACUAAUUUUGUAUAUAUCCACUUAAUUCUGGAUACUACCAACGUGGAUCAAAACACCCGUAAGUGGCUCCCUCUACACAUGAACGCCUUGGGAGAGUGCGGCGUGUGGCGCGGGGACACCUUGAUACCCCAUCAAGACGUUAUAUCGACAACGGAACAACUCACUGUGUCCUUCCAGAAAGAUAUUGGCUUUGGCAGAAGCGGCAACUUCUCUGUGGGACAGUUCGGAAACUUUAUCAAUAUUGACGUUAGGUGUGAACCGGCAGAUUACGAAGAAGUUGUAAACCAUCUCUAUGAAGUCUUGUACUGUGCUGAAAUUACUAAGGAGAGAUUAUUAGUGUUCGCCCAGAGACUGAUUAAUGAAGUUUCACAGACGAGAAGAAACGGUCACAAGAUGGUUCACGAUUUACUGAGAGAUUCUUUAUACAGUAAAGACAGUAAUGUCCACUGGUGCACGGUGUUAAGACAACAGAAGUUCCUGAAAGAACUCAUGGAGCAGCUGAACGCGGGCGGGGACUCGGCAGACGCCGCCAUUAGUGACGCUAAAAAGACGUUCAAAUACAUCACAGAGAACGCCUGGCUACACCUGGCAUGUGACUUUGAUAGAUACAAGCUGAGCGCUGCACCAUGGAAGAGAUUUGCUAGGGAAAAUGAAAUUGUACCGGCGGAACCUCGUCGCUACUUGGACAGCGAGCUGGUGGGUGAGUGUCGUGUGAAGGCGGUGGUUGGUGUUGGAGGCCUUGAGUCAUCGUUCGCGGCGCAGGCCAGCCCCGGACCCGUCGGCUUCGAUAUCAAAAACAACGCCCCGCUGGCUGUAGCACUUAACUACUUCACACAACUAGAGGGUCCGAUGUGGCGUCUGAUCCGUGGCGGAGGUCUCUCGUACGGGUACAGUAUGUGCGAAGCGUCCGCUGAAGGAAGAAUAUUCUUCUCAUUGUAUCGCGCCACUAACGCGGUCGCUGCUUACACGAAGGCCAAAUCUAUUGUUGAAGAGUAUUUGUCUGAUGGUAAAUUUGAUGAGGACUUGUUCGCGUCAGCUAAGAGUGCGAUGGUUUUCGAGACGGUGGAGGCGGAGAAGUGUCCCGCUGACGUCGUGAAGCAGUCGCUCCUCAACUACAUGAGACAAGUCGGUGAUGAUUUCAACAGGAAGCUGGUGUGUUCGUUAUCCUCGGUGUCCCAGGAAGAGGCGGCGGCGGCUGCUGCUCGCUGGCUGCCGGGACUUUUCAAUCCUGAGAACUCUGCCCUCGCCCUUGUAUGUCACCCCGCCAAAGUAGCCGACAUGCAGGCAGCUUUCCAGAAGAUAAAUAUUCCUCUAGACGCAUACGAAUCCAUGGAAGCGUCUUACAUUAACAACUAG